UAUUUAUAAUAUUAUUUACAUAAAACGAAAAUGUCAUUUUUAAUAGUAUCGCAAAUAUAUCUGUGAAUUGAAAGCAAAUUUCUUAACUCUAAAAAGAUUAGUAGAUCGGUGCUUAUCGUUAAUAUAUGAAAAAUGUUUAAGAAAUUUAAGGAUAAGCUUGCCGAGGAGAUGAAACAGUCUCCUGCUCGGCUACAGGCAAGCAUGCAACAAUUAGCACAGGCAGUGGUAUCGCCAUCAUUGUCAAACAACUCGAUUCAAGAUCUGCCGUUUAAAGAUAAUUUCAGCUUAACCGAAGAAACGGAUGAGACACCAAAAAAUAGUCCAACGAAGCAUGGAUUUCAAACGAUUGAUUUAACACCUCCAUCGAUAAAUUCUAGUACAUCGAGAAGAUCGUCGGUUAGCAGUAAUGUCAGCGACGCAUCCUUUCUUUUUCCCAUUUAUGAAAGUUCUGGAAACUUGUACAAUUUACAGCAAUCCGAUAUGGAUCAAUCGGCGAGUGAGAUGGAUGAUAAUAUAAGUCCGCAAUUGGAUCACAUUUCCAAGGAACAAUUAUAUUCUGCAUAUCGUAAAGCAAGAGCUAAGUAUGAUAAAUAUAGAGGAAGAUUUACCGACCUUCUUAGCCAUUAUCGCGAUAUUGAACAUUCAAAAACAAAACUAGAAAGCCUCUUGGUUGAAACACAAGAUAAAGCUUUAAGACGAAUAAGCGAUCUGAAAGAACAAUGUCAGUUAGAGCAACAGGCGAAAGCUCAUUUAGAAGAUGCUUUAAGAAAUGAUAUCGAAGAAAAAGAUCAUGUUAUAAAUUCCUUAAAAAUUAAGAUUAAAUUGUUACAAGAAAAAGGCCCAAACAAUGAAAGCAUAGAAAAUAUACAGUCGUCAAACAACCAGGACAAUGACAAAGUUGACAUUCUCGUUGAUUUAUCUAGUAAUACAGACUCCGAGAAAUUAAGCGAAGAGUCAAAAUUAUUUACAGAAAAUGCACAAUUAAAGGAGAAAAUACAAAAAAUGGAAACAUUCCUAGAAAAAUACAAGGAUAUGCUCAAACGAAAUAAGGAUAAAAUCUUGGAGGUGGCGAAUGAAAAGAAUACUUUAGAGAGAGAUUAUGAUAUUUUACAAAAAUCAAAUCAGGAUAAGCUCGAUGAUAUGGAAAAAGAAUUACGAAAAUCAAGGGAAGAAUUUGCCAAUUUAAGAGAUGAAAUUGAAGUGUUAAAGAGACGGGAAGAGGAGUCGGUUAUUUCUUUGGCAGAAAAUAAAUUGUCGAUUCAUCGGGAACUUGAGGGGAAAGAAGAGCAGAUAAAGCAACUGCAAUUAGAGUUGAAACAAACUUAUGAUCUUGAAAAAUCUUUAAAAGAGACAGUAGAGCAACAAAAACAGGAAUUGGAAAAGGUAAAAUUAGUGGCAAAUCAAAAUGCCGAGGCAAGUCAAGAACAUUUGAGAGGCAAAUCGGAGGCGUUAAAACAAAUGCAAUCGGAGAUGCAAGAAAAAUUAAUUCAUUUAGAGGAGAAGAUGAGCUUGAAACAUCUCGAAGAAGUAAAUAAAAAUAAGCAGCUUUUAAUUAAAUUGCAAGAAUUUGAAAAACAGCCUAAAGCAACUGAGGAUGACACAAAAGCAAUUAAAAAAUUGACACAAAUUUUAGAAGAGAAAGAGAGUCUUUUAAUAGAGUUAGAUAGAGAGAAAGAAGAAUAUAAAAGAUUGUUGGAUAGUCAUAAAUCUGAAAUUAUACAUUUGAAACAAGAAUUGAAUAAAGUGACGAGUAGUUUGGAAAAUGUUCAAUGCGACGCAAAUAAUCGUGAUAGUAUAUUAAAAACUAAUUACGAUAAAGAGUUUAAUGCAUUGAAGGAUGAUUUAGAAGAUAAAAUUAAAGAGUGCGACGAGGCAAAUUUGACAAUUCAAAAGUUAACAGAAGAAUUGGAAGGCUUUAAAUGUAAACUACAAACGAAAGAUGAAGAGAUUGGCAUUUUAAAGGGUAAAGCGCACGACGAUGCAGAAAUAAUGCACAAACUUCAAGAUGAAUUUGAAAAUAAAAAUAGAGAGAUAUUAGAGUUCGCCAAUAAGCUUAAAUCAAGCACUAUAACUAUAAAUGAUCAUGAAGAAGAGAUCAAUAAUCUGGUUAAUCAUAAAGAUAAUUUAAUCAAAUAUAUAGGAAUUUGUAAAAAUGAUUGCAAGAGAUUGAAAGAUGAUUACGAAUCGCUUAAAAAUAAUAUAAUUAAUAGUAUUUUUAAUGGGAAAGAUGCGAUAUUUGAAACUGUACGGGAGACGGGUAAAAUCUUAUCAUUUUUAAAUGAAAAAGAGGCGAGUCUGAAAUUGCAAAUUAACGAAUUGUCAGAAAAGAACGAGAGAAUAAAUGAGCUUAAAAGCAAUUCCAAUGACAAUACCGUACAAUUGAAACAGAUAUUAAGUGACAAGGCAUCAUUAGAAAAUGAAUUAACGAGUAAAUUUAAUGAAGUUGAAGAAAUGAAGAUUAAGAUGAAUAGUUUUAACGAGUUAAAGGCAACAAAUAUUACGUUAAAAUUAGAAAAUGAAUGUUUGUGCAGUAAAUUACACGAAAUCAAUGAGUCAUUUAACGAGCGUGAGCAGCUUUAUGAAAGGGCUAUACUCGAGAAAGAAAAAAUCCUGGAAAAUAUUUCUUUAGAAAAGCAGCAACGCGAGAAAAUGUAUCGAGAAUUUAAUCUUAAGGUGUCAGAAAACGAAGGCUUAAGUACACAACUUACCGAUUUAUCUACGAGAUAUCAGGAGUUACAGGGUAUUGUACAUACAUUAAAAUUCGAAAAAGAAGAUCAUAAUAAGCUCAUAAAAGAGAUUCAAAUUAUAAAAUUGGAACUCGAAGAUAAAAGCAAUCAAUUAAAAGCUUUGCAAACGAAAAGCGAAGAAGAAAAGCAACGGCUACGUCAAACAGAUAGCGAGUGCGAAAAUUAUAAAAUAACGAUCGAGGCUAAUAAUCAAAAGUUAUUAAAUUUAAGUAAGGAAUUGAGUAUAUCAAAGGAAGUUCGUAAAAAAUUAAGUAUUGAAUUAGAAAAGUCCAGAGAUUCUUUACAACAAUUAAAGGAUAAUAAUAGUAUCGUAGAAACAGAAUUGGAACAGGAAAAACUGAAAUUUAAAACUGUCGAAAGCGAACGUAAUCGUGCAAUAAAUAGUAAGACAACCGAGAUUCAAGAACUACAACAGCAUUGUUCAGAAUUAAUGAGCGAAUUAAAUAAUUUAAAGGCAAAUAAUAAUAUUUUAGAGGAAUUGAAGGCGGAUAGAGAGAGCGUAAUCCACGAAUUUGAUGAACUAAAAUCGUCACACCUUUUAUUACAGAAUGAAAAUAAAAGCUUAAAGGAUAAUCAUAAAGCAUUGUUAACGUUAAAUAGCAAAAUAACAGAUGAGAAUAAUACUUUUCUACGUGAACUUGAAUUUUGCAAGAAACAAUUGCAGAAUAGUAAUAAUGAUAUGGAUAAUUUUAAAGCUCGAGUAAACGAAUUGGAUGUAUUGAAAAAUAAGAAUAUUGAGUUGACUUCGUUAUUGGAAGAAGCCAAUGAUUAUCAGAAGAAGUGUGCAAGCCUUAUCGAUGAGGUUGGCAAGCUUACGAGGGCAAACGAAUCGCUAACAUCAGAAUUAGAAAGUUUGCAAAAUCAAAUGCUUAAUUUGAAACAAUGUCGCGUUAAAAGUGAAAAUUUAGAACACGAAUUGGCAGCUCGUAAAAACGAAAUUACCAAAUUAGAAAGCUCUAUGUCGUUGAAAAAUGAGGAAUUAAUUAACGUCUGCAGUAACGCGGAAGAGGAGAGUCAUAAUUUUAAAAUUGAAUUGGAGGAGAAAAAUGCUCAAAUAAAGGAAAGAGAAUUUAAAAAUUUGCAACUGUUAGAGAAGAUUGACGAAUUAUCGUUAUUAAAAUUAAAUAUUGAAGAUAAAACGAGAAAAGAGAUUGACGGUUGGCGCGAAAGUAGUGAUAAAUUGGAGAAUGUCUUGGCGACUAAAGAGUCCGAGUUGAAAGCAUUGCACGAGCAAUAUGUAAAAUUAGAGGAAAGGAUGAAAAGUAUUGAGGAGAAAUUAACAGAGGACUUGAGUAGAAAUAUUGAGAAUGCAUCGAUGGAGAAAAGAAAAUUGGAAUCACAACUGGAUGAGACGCUCGUCACAUUUCAAGUGAAAGAGACGCAAAUGCAGGCUUUAAACGAUGAAUUGAAAAAUCAAGCGUGCAAAUUGCGAGACCAAUUGAAAAUUAACGAGGAUGAGCAGAACUUAAGACUGAAGCAAAUUGUCAAAGAAUUUCAAGCUCAACUCAACGAUAAGGAAAAAGAACUACAAGCGGCGCUUGAGAAGAGAUUUGAUCGUCAGCAAAAUUUCGAAUCCAAUACAAUACAGGAAUACAAAGAGCAAUUGAAAGAUUUUCAAGUCCAAGUCACCAAAAAGUCCGAACAAAUUGAAAAGUUAAUCUUCGACAAUGAACAAAUACAGAAACAAAUACAGGACGAAGUUGAAAAACGUUUAGCUAUUAUGAGCCAAGCAAAACUGGAACAUGUAGAUAAUAAAAUACAGGGUCUUGAUAAAAAGUGGGAGGACAUUGUAAAGGAAAAAACCAAUCAAUUAGAAAUGAAACACGAGCAAGAGAUCGCAGAACUUAGCAACGAAUGGCAAAACGAAAGAAAAAGCGAUGAAAAUACAGAAUUAUUAGACAAGGAAUUAGAAAAUACAACCAGAGUGGCAAUGGCUGCGGUGCAAUCCAACACUGGCUCCUUCCAUACCUUACAACAAACCUUGCUUUCUCAAAAGAGAGAAUUGGCCGAGCUAAGGAAAUUGGUAAAAAUGAGGCAGGAAUCGGUGGAAGAUUCAACGGAAAUUGAGUAUUUGAAGAACAUUCUAUACAAAUACAUGAUGGGAAAAGAAACAAUGGUACUUGCCAAAGUUAUUGCCGCUGUGGUUAAAUUUGACCAAGAUCAGACGUCAAAAAUUUUGAAAAAAGAAGAAGACAAAUUAUCAUUGCUUGGAUCAUUAGGUUUAACAUAACACAAUAUACUUAUCUGCAUUUAUUAAAUUAUGAUUGAUGUUCUGUGUAACGAACAUUCAAAUAUUUAUCGAUGAGCCGCAAUUGAUGCAACAGUAAUUUUUACCUUCAUCCUUAAAUAUUAAAUGGAUAUUAUAAACAUUUGGUGCGGAUAAUAUUUCUUUUAUGCA